AUGGGCCUCCAGGAACUUUUCACCUCCACAAGCCUUGAACUGCAAGGCAUUCAUGCCGUCCGCUGGCUCUCGAGGGGCGACGCAGUGCUCAGGCUUGUCGCCGUGCUUCCAGCUCUCAUCGUGAUGCUGAAGGAGUGGGACGCGAAGUUGUAUGCGCUCGUGACAAGCUACAGGUUUCAUUUCCUCUUGUUUUUUAUUGCUGAUGUGGUUGAGCAGUUGAACAUCCUCAACAAGGCGUUCCAGCACAAGGAGCUUGACUAUGCCAGCGUGCAUGCGCAGAUAAAGCGCGCAACUUCCCCUAUCGAGAGCCGCUACGUCGAUUGCGGCGACGACUUCAGUGGCGGCGUCAGCAAGCUGCUAUCCCCCUUCAUCUCGCGCCACGGGCCAGGAGGAAACCGGGAGAUGACUGUGGAGGGUGUUGACUCGGACGGCCGACCUACACGCUUCACAUUCAGGCUGCAUGAGGACGAGCUGGAGGAGCUCGAUGGGCCGGGGACCCACGAUGGCUGUGUGGACGUCUGCACGGAGUUUGCCGAGCUGAUCGUCCACAAUCUGUUGCAUCGGCUUGGCGAUUUGGAGGGGGAUAUCUGGAGCAAAGCUCUUCACCCCCGAUGA